AUGACAGACGGACCACAAAAGUCGCUCAUCCUCAAUGCGUUCGUUGAGAUGUGCAGCGGCCAUCAGUCCCCAGGACUGUGGCGCCACCCAGAAGAUGAAUCCCACAGGUUCAACGACGUAGACCACUGGAUCGAGCUGGCACAGUUGUUGGAAUCAGCCAAGUUCCAUGGCAUCUUCAUCGCGGACGUCCUAGGUGGCUACGACGUGUACAAAGGGCCCCGGAACCUCUCUCCGGCGAUUGCUUCCGGCGCACAAUGGCCCGUCAAUGAACCGCUAGCCGUGGUAUCCGCAAUGGCAGCUGCGACAAAGAAUAUCGGAUUUGGGGUGACGGUGACGACGACCUAUGAGCAGCCAUAUCAUUUGGCUCGGCGGUUGUCGACGGUCGAUCAUUUGUCCAAGGGACGAUUGGGAUGGAAUGUUGUCACCGGCUAUCUGGACUCGGCAGCUCGGAACCUGGGCCAUGCACAGCAACCUCAGCAUGACGACCGAUACGCUGUCGCCGAAGAAUACGUGCGAGUAACCUAUAAACUCUGGGAGUCGUCGUGGCGGGACGAUGCUGUGGUCCUCGAUCGUGAACGCGGAAUCUACACCGAUCCUAGCCGUGUCCGGGAGAUCAACCACAACGGCAAAUACUUCACCGUCCCCGGUCCACAUCUGUGCCAACCGAGCCCGCAGCGUACGCGUGUCAUCCUCCAGGCCGGCACCUCCAAGGCAGGCAAGACGUUUGCCGCACAACAUGCGGAGGCGAUCUUUGUGGCCGGACACAGCCCUGCAGUCGUUGCGAGGAAUAUUGCAGAGAUACGGGCUAUGGCACAGGCACAAUUCGGACGUGAUCCAAAGAGCAUCAAGUUCUUGGCGCUUUUGUGCCCGGUUUUGGGCCGGACGGAGGAGGAGGCACGGGAGAAAUUCCAGUACUAUCGCAGCCUGGGCUCGAUCGAUGGUGCUUUGGCGCUCUUUGGCGGGUGGACAGGAAUCAACUUAGACACGUAUGGUGAUGACGAAGAGCUGCGACACGUAGAAAGCAAUGCAAUUCGGUCCGCCGUCGAGGGCUGGUCCAAAUCAACACCCGAAGUCGCGAAAUGGACCAAGUCAACGGUUGGUCAGCAUAUCACAGUGGGAGGUCUGGGUGCUACGCCAGUAGGAACACCAGCCCAGGUAGCGGAUGAGAUGGAACGCUGGGUGAGAGAAGCCGAUGUUGACGGAUUUAACCUGGCCUACGCUAUCAAGCCGGGAUCCUUCAAAGAUAUCAUCGACUUGUUGAUUCCCGAACUUCGGCGACGCGGACUGUUCUGGGAGGAUUAUGCUGUCGAGAGGGGAACGUAUCGGGAGAAUCUGUAUGGCAAGCCAGGGCAGACAGGUCCCCUGGAGGAUCAUCCUGCGUCCAGGUACCGCUGGCAUGCGGGAGUAGACGCUGCCGAUCAUAAGAUUCCCGAAAACUAG